AUGGCAUUGAAUUAUUUAGACAUUCACCGUUAUCUUUUAAUAAUUAAAAUACAUUACAACAAGUUGGGUACUUUCUACAUAACCUUACUAUAUUCUACUUUACUUGACGAAAAGACAAUGGAUGAAGAACUUAACUCAUCGGAACUAGGAACACAAUCAUACUGGCAAGAUACAUACAGUAAGGAGUUAGUCAAUUUUGAAAACAAUGGUGAUAUUGGCGAUGUUUGGUUUGGUGAAGAUAGUGCAUUAAGGGUUAUAAAAUGGAUAACUCAGUGUGGAGUGGACAAGAACACAGCAGUUAUUGAUUUAGGAUGUGGCAAUGGUUAUACACUAUUGGAACUGGCCAAAGACGGAUUCACAAAUCUUUUGGGCAUUGACUACUGCGACCAAGCAAUUGAAUUAGCAGAGAGAGUUAAUAAGGAAUUUCGCGCAAUAAAGUUUAAGGUCUUUGAUAUAAUUAACGAUGAUAUCAGCAAUCUUGGUAAAUUCGGAAUUAUUAACGAUAAAGGUACAUAUGACGCAAUUUGUUUGAAUACAUCUGCGAAGGAAUAUAGACCCAAAUAUAUAGAUCAGGUAUUCAAUAUGAUGGAAGAUGGUGGUCUAUUCGUUAUCACAUCUUGCAAUUGGACGGAGUCUGAACUAAUUCAACAUUUCUCGGAAAAAAUGAAGAUGAAAUGCAUCAUCCCGACGCCGCAGUUUAAAUUUGGCGGGAAAGUUGGUAGCGUUGUGUCGUCUGUGGUUUUUGAAAAGAAAUAA